CUCGAUUCAACUGUAACUAGUUACGUUUAUAUCGAUUUGCUAGGUGGAUGAACUGAAUAUUCCCCACUUUGUUUUCAUACAAAAUCCUACUUAAGUUUGAACCCAAAGUCUAUUUAAUUAUUUUUCGCCUUAGCCAGAAUGCAGAAGGCUGAGCCAGAUGAAUAUAAUUUUAUGCCAAAUACAUGGGUCCUACCACAAGAAUUUGGAUACUUUUCAAAUUAUGCAAGAAAAUUAUAUCGACAAGGGUGUAACGCAUGCUUCAUACAAAAACCAGCUAAUGGAGCUAUGGGACAUGGGAUUCAAUUUAUCGACAAUUAACUAAUUAUACUAUAAAUAAACACCAUUCACAAUAUAAUCGUUCCAAUGAUGAUAUAUCCGGUAGUAAACGUUCAUUUGCAUUCUUUAAUCAUUAUAUACAUAAAAUAAAACACUCUAAUCCACUGAUUAUUUGGGAUAAAAUCUAUGAUUUAAUUAUUAAAACAUUAAUUAUAGCAUUACCACAUCUAAUACAUUUUUAUCGUAUUUCACGACAUAAAUCAAAUCAGAAUUACAUUCAUAGUAAUAACAAUAAUAGUAAUAAUAAUAAUAAUAAUAAUAAUAAUAAUAAUAAACACAGUCUAAAACAAUCUGGAUAUUAUAAAAGUAAACAAGAUUUAACAAUGAAUACUAAACAAUUCAUAUACAAUAAAGUUAAUCAUGAUCCUAAACAAACAUCUAUGACAACAUCAACUAUGAUCAAAUCUAAAGUUGACCAAGAUCCAACAUCAUCAUCAUCAUUGAUUUGUUCAAAUUUAUUUGAAAUAUUAGGUUUUGAUAUAUUAAUUGAUGAACAAUUAAAUCCAUGGUUAAUUGAAGUGAAUCGUUCACCAAGUUUUAAUACAGAUCAACAAUUAGAUCAACAAAUUAAAUAUAAUUUAUUAACAGAUACAAUUCGUUUAUUAAAUAUUAAACCAUCAGAUAAAUCUCAUGUGGAAAAGCAACAAAAAUUAACUACAAGAAAACGUUUAUAUAGUAGUCACUCUGUACAAACAAGAAAUUGGAUGUAUAAAUCAAAUUCCAAUAAUCAAAAUGAUAAGAUUCAUAAAUAUUUCGACAAUAAUCGAUUGUCUAACAAAAAACAUGUAAACCAUGAAUUGUUUCGUCGUGAUAAUGUCCAUUUAAAAACAACUUACCAAUCACCUUUUGCAAACCAUUCAGAUAUUGACUAUUUAAAAUUAAUUAAUGAUCAAGAUCAAUUGGAGGAUAAAAAGCUCAGUUGGAAAAUUGAUCGUUUAAAACAACAGUUAUCUAGAAUACGUCAACAAUUAUCACUUGAAUUCUAUGAACAUCAUAAUUGUGGUAAUUGGCAUCGAAUAUUUCCAUCUGAUAAUUCAACAUUACAAACAAAAUAUGCAUCAUUAAUUAUGACAAGUUUUAAACAAUUUUUAUACUCUAAUCAUAAUGAUAUAUUGAAUGAAAUAAAAACUACUUAUUUAAAUUCAAUCACUGAAGAUGACAUUUAUGAUGAAUUGUCAAAAUUAAUAAAAAAAGAAUCAAAAUCAAAGCCUGGAAUAAAUGUUGAACAGUAUUUGACUGCAGUAUGGUCACACUGGGUAGAUGACCGUGACACAAGUGAUAACAAUGAUUCUGAUGAUGAUAUAGAUUACGAUGGUAGCUUUAUUCAUAGCAAUGAAAAUUCUACAAACCGAAUUCAUUUACCAAAUGAUUAUUUUAUUAAGUCAUCAAUGGAUAGAAAAAUGAAAAGUAUGUCAACAUUGUCAACAUUACCACCAUCAAAUCAUGUAUCUUUUAAUGAUGCUAAUUUAAAAGUAAACUCAACCCCAGUAUCUCCAUGUAAAUUCUCAUUAAAUGAAAAUUGUAAUGUUACGAAACAGAUGACAGAUAAGCUAUCACUUGGCAAGAAAUGCAAAUCAUUAGACGUUGAACGAAAUUUAAAACAUGCAAAUAAACGAAUACAAACUACUGAUUAUGAUAAUAAUACUAUCUCUCCGGUAUCGUUUCCCCGUACUAAUCAAAAUAGUGGUCAUGAUAAUACUCAACUCGUUGGCAACGACCAAGGUUCAAUGUUUUAUGUUGAUUCGACUAAUAAAUAUUUGUCAUGCACUACUGGAUCGGAUCAGAAGAAAGCUUGUAAUUCAAAGUCAAUAGCAAACAUCAAAGUAGGUAAACAUGAAAUGAAUAUUCUAUUAGAUGUUGAUGAUAAAUUUAACAAUUUACAUAAUUUAAAACUAUCAUCUUCUAUAAACAAUAAUGAAUGUUUGAGUAAGAUAGCUAGUACUACUACUACUACUAAUACUACUAAUUAUCAAUUUAUACCGAAACAAAUAUGUUUCUUACCAAUUAUUCAUUGGAAUUAUUGUACAUUGAAUGAAAUUCUACCAUCAUUAUUAAAUAAGAAAUUAAAUGAAUCUUUAUUAAUUAAACAACAAUUAAUGAAAUAUAUUAAACAAUUUGAAAAUAUGAUACAAAAUCAAAUGACAUUAAUGAAUUAUUAUACAUGUAUGAAUAUGUUAGCAAAUGAAUUAUCCAUUAGAAUAAUGUAUACAAAUAAAUUAGAUCAAUUCAAUUCGAAUACAUUAGAUAAACAAGAUUUAUUAUAUUAUUAUAAUAUACAAUGUUUUAAUAAUAAAAGAAUGAUUGUAUAUAGACAUGAUGAAUUAAUACAAACAAUAAUAAAGAAUUGUUUGAAUUCAAUGAAUUUAAUGAAAAUUGAAAUUAAAUUAGAAGGUGAUUAUUUGCCCAAUGAAGAUAUCAGUAAACAAUUUGAAAACGGUUUAAUGAAUAAAUUUAUUCGUGGUUUACGAAUAACACGUUUAUUAAAUCGAAUCAAAAAUCGACUAUUAAUAAAUCAUGGUCAUUUAUUUCAAAGUAUAAUUCAAAUGAUACCUAAUGUACCAGUAAUGAAUGAAACAAUAAUGGAUAUGCCCAUGAAACAUUUAAUUACGGAACCAUUGUUAAAUGUUGAGGAAUUAUGUUGUAAACAUUUUCUUAGACUUUGUAUAGAAUCUUUUAUUUUAGAUCAUUUGAAAUAUUUAGAUGAAUUAAUUAAAACUACUGACAAUAAUGAUGAUAGUAUACAUUUAAAAAAGAUUACUUAAAACGUAUAUUUAUACAUAAACAAUAUUUCUUGUCAUAUUCUACUGUUGUCCUACUCAAAUACAGAUACACACAUGUUUCCU